UUUUUUUUUUUUUUUUUUCUGUGCACGGCAGUUGCAUGGUGAGCCUGAUGCUUAAGAGGCGAAGGUUUAGUCCUCUGGUGACGAAGGCGAGUUAAAACUGGAAGUUCUGGGUGCGCGCGGCUACGGCCAGGUUUGAAAGAACACGAUCAGCUGUAGUUUGGUCAAUUGUUGGGUCGGAGUCAUUGUGUUGUGUGCAGGUCCUGUCAGCGCGCGGAAUGAUUUGGCGAAGCUUGCGAAUGGAGGCUUUCUGGGUGGGAAUUUGCAGUGAGGAGCCAAGGAGAGUGCAACUCUCGGCGGUGUUGGCAGAGGGCUAUGGGCUGUUCGUCGCGCGUUCCUGAUUUGAAGGGGCGGACAACACCUCCUUUGGUACAUAACUCAGCCAGCUGCGGUGUUCUUUGGAAUGGGAAGAUGGUCGCUGGAGGGUCAGGAGAUGCUAGGGCUACGUCGGCGGACUGUCAUCAUCUUAGUAUUCUUUUUUCUCAGCCUUCAAGUCGUAGCUCAAGCUCCGAGCCUGACACCUACCGAUUGCCCUCUUAAUUUAGAUAUUCUAGAUGUUUUUCCCUCGGUGGCGGAGCAAGUGCGAGCAGUGGAUUCUCUGGAGAAGAGGUGCCUGACCCUCACUCAUGGCGUGGAUGUCCUGCUCUCCGUGUACCUCAAGAAUGAAGAUUACUUUCUCGUGCCACCAGAGGCUGCCUCCUCAUGCAUUCAAGCUUUAAAUUCAUAUUUUCAGGUGCCCAACAUCACGGGUCUGUGCGGGUUGACCCCAGCGUUCAUCUCUCGCGGUACAAACAACUGUCAGGCCAUUCAAACACGGGAGGACUUCAUCUCCGCUGCUAAAAAUAGAGAUUCAAUCCUAGCUACUUGUAAAAAUGGAGUGCUUGCGAAUGGAAACACCAAGUCUGCGGGAUGUGCCGCUUGCACGAAAUCAUUGACUCAAGUGGCAAACUCGUUGCGGAGCUCUGGCAAUUCCAACGACAACCUGUGCUUGGAUUAUACCUCUAUGUACACGGGGGCCUUUGUUGUGAACGCAGGGCCCUCGGAUGUAACCACGUUGGUUUGUUUGUGGGACAUCAUAGGAGACGAUGAUGACAAGAAGAAGUUGCAGUGGUGGGUUUAUCUCGUCAUCAGUGGAGGGGCUAUCCUGUUCGCUUUCUCAUGCGCUUGGAUUGGUUUUCUCCUCCUUCGUCGAUGGAGGAGAAAGCAUCGUCAGUCUAAUGUCGGCAAUGAGUUUGCGAGGGUGGCAAAAAGCAUGUUGCACGGUUCCAUGAAGGAGAUUGGCGGGGGUUUGACGUGGUACGACAUUGAGGAGCUCCGAGCUGCGACUCACAACUUUGACGUGAAGAGGAUCAUCGGGCAAGGCGGAUUCGGGAAUGUGUACAGAGGGGUUCUCCUUGACGGUAGCGAGGUCGCAUGUAAGAGGUUCAAGGAUUGUACAGCAGCAGGGGACACCAGUUUCCUGCACGAAGUGCAAGCGCUCGCGAGCGUGCGUCACAAGAACCUUGUGGCGCUACGCGGGUGUUGCAUUGCGAGCCUCGGGGAGGGCCGCCUCGCAGGCUACCAGCGCAUCAUCGUGCUGGACUACGUAAAGAACGGCACUUUGCAAGAUCAUUUGUUCGGCAACAUCCACAAAGGCGAUGGUAAGAAAAGCUCCUCCCAACCGACUUUGUCGUGGCCACAGCGGCUCAAGAUCGCCACAGACGCAGGUCGCGGUGUUCAGUAUCUUCACGCGGGCGCGCAGACACAGAUACUACACCGCGACAUUAAGCCCAGCAACAUCUUGUUGGACUCCGACUUCAACGCCAUGGUCGCAGAUUUCGGCCUGGUCAAAUUCACCCCCAAUGGAGUCUCCCAUAUGACGACUGGCGUGGCAGGCUCGUUUGGCUACAUCGCCCCGGAGUAUGCCAUGUACAGUCAGCUGACGGAGAAGAGUGACGUCUACAGCUUCGGCAUCGUGAUGCUGGAGAUCAUCAGCGGCCGGAAAGCUAUGGUUCCAGACCCAAUAACUUCCGAGCUCCUGAUCGACUGGGCAUGGCGGUUGUUUAAAGAGGGCGACUGGGACUUGAUUCUGGACCCACGACUCACGGAGCGCGGCCCUGACGAGGACCUUAAAAGAUUCGCCAUGGUUGCGUUGUUGUGUGCGCAUCCCCAAGUGUUCUACCGCCCCACCAUGACAAUGGUGCUUCGAAUGCUUGAAGGCGCACAACAUGUGCCGGCCCUGCCAGAUCGCCCCAUCCCCGUGACCCUCAGCAAGGCUGCCUUGCAAGCUUCUCUUGCACCUUCUAACAUCGGGUCUGGCAGCUAUUCAUCUAACUUCAGUUCGGCAACUCAAGACUCCAUGAGGCAGCCUGUAAAGUAGGUACUAUUUUGGUAGAUUGUGGAGAUAGCAAAUUUGGCACUUUGAGAGCAUGUUUACGAUGUAUUCAAAUCACUUUCAUGAGUUUUCGAGUUUAGAUCAUAUGGGUCAUCGCAGGAGCAAGAUGUCCUUUGUAUAAUCACCUUUGUAUAAUCAUCAUCGCUUGUUGCACAAUCGUUGCAAUUCAAAGCCUUUCAUGGACACUGCAAUCUGUGUCUUUCUUGACGA